AUGGUCAACAUCGAUCAAAAACAUUUUGAUAGAACAGUAUUUCAAGGAAAUAACCAAAACUUCCUAGUGAUAAGCAAGAAAAGGAAAAGAAAUAGCAAUACAGAAGACAACCACUAUGCCCUCUAUUUGAAAAGGAGUAAGCAAAGCCCUGACUUUCCAGAUACUCAGGAUGAAGAGUGUUCCUACACUGAUAAUGAAAGGAACAGCAGCACUGUUAAUAGUCCAGAGGCAUCCAGGGCACCAGAAAGCAGCUUAAACAAGAUCACUGUUGAUCUCAACUCAAAUCUCCCUCCAUCCUUCCAUGAGGAGUACGCAUUCUGCCAAGGUCCAUAUAUCUACAUCAACCAGAUCUUGAAGGAGGCUCACUUCUACAGCCUGCAGCAACGAGGGCAAUAUCCAUCAUGA